AUGGUUAAUGAAAACUAUUUAAUGGAUCAUAAUUAUACGAAAAAUUUAGAUUUCAAAGAAAUAGAAACUGAAAUAAAAACAUUUAAAAUAAAGCAAAAUGAAACAUUUAACUUUUAUAUAGAUAGCAUAAAUAAACUAAUAGAAAAUGUUGAAAAAGCAAAAAAAAAUUUAGAAGAAAGAAAAAAAAAAAACAUACAAGAUCAUAACAUUAGUAUUAAUAAUAAUAAUAUAACAACUGAAAGUAAUGAUAUUAAUAAAAAUAAUUUUGAUAUUAAAGAAUUUAUAAAAGAUGUUAAAAACUUAAAAAUAACAGAAAAAAUAAGUGAAGAAAAUAAAAAAUUUUAUAAUAUUUUGUUAUUAUCUUAUAAAGGAAUAAUAUCUUUAAUAAAACAAGAAACUCCUGAAAUAUUAAAAAAUGUUUACAUAAAGAAAAAUGUUAUUCUUAGAUUAAUUCUAUUACAUUUUUUGCAAAAAGGAGACUUUUUUAUGUAUUAUGUGUUAAAUAAUGAAAUUUUAGAAAAGAAAAAGAAAAAGAUGAAGAAAAAAAAAAAUAAUAAAGGUAUAGAAAAAAGUACAUCUAAAAUUGAUAAAUUAAACAACUAUAGCAAUGAGGAAAAUAGUAUAAUAAGUAAGGAUAAUAAUUUUUUAAAAAAUAACAAUGAAAUCAAUUCAAGUAAUAAAAGUAUUUCGUUAAAUAAAUCAAACUUUUUUAGUGAAAAACUUUUAAAUAAUAAUUUUUAUGUAUCAACGGAUAAGAAAAAAGAAGAAGAAACAGAUGUAAAAACAUCUAUAAGUGAAAAAGACUGUAAUGGUAACAAGAAUUCUAAAAAUGAAGAUUUUGAAAAUAAUAAAGGAAAUAAAAAUAAUGUUAUAAAAAAUUAUAAUAAUUGUAUAUAUAAUAACAAAGAAGAGAAUAAAUAUGAUUGCAAUACAAGUAAUAAUAACGAUAAUUGUAAUAACGACAAGUAUUCAAUUCUUUUAAACAAUAUAAAUACUAGUAACAUAAAUAUAAAUAACAAAGAGAGUAUAUUUACUAAGUUUAAAAAAGAAUACAUAAGCAAAAUAAAAUACGAAAAUGCUACAGAAGAAAUCAAUUUUGAACAUUCACUCAUUGAAAAAGAAAUAUUUGAAGGAUAUAAAAUGUUACACACCAUUUUGUAUGAUUUAAAACAUUUUAAAGUAGAUAAAUGCAUUGAUUGGUAUAAUAACUCUAGUGAAACAAUAAAAAAAAAGUAUUCAAAGUUAAUAUAUUUAUUACAUUGUAUUAAUUAUUUAAAAUACUCGAAGAAUGAUAAAGAAAAAGCAUUAAGAUCCUUAAGAGACCUUAUGAUAAAUUAUAAAGAAAAUAAAUCUCAUAUAUCAAGAUUAAGUACAUUUAUAUGUAUAGGAGUUGAUAACUACUUUUUUAAAAAUAUGUUUUCUAGUGUUAAUUCUAAAAUUUAUAAUUAUUUUAAAAGAGCAUUUAACGAAGAAGGAAUAGUUAUUAAUAUUCCUAGUAAAAUUAAAAUGAAAAAGGAUAAAAAGAAAAUUGAUACAGAAGAAAAUAUAAAUUUAAUUAAAGAUUCAAUAAAACAAUUUACUAAAAAUCGUAAAUUUUAUGAAAAGGAAAAAUGUCAUGAAAACAAAAAAUUCAUGAAAGAAAAAGAAAACUCAUUAAAUAAAAAUGUAAAAAAUGAAACUAAUGAUGAUAAAAUUGAUUUAGUAAGCAAUGAUACAAAUAAAAGAAGUGCUAAAAUUCUUAUAAGAAAAAGGAGAAAAAAUAAUAAUAAUAAUAGAUCCUCUUCAUUAAUUUCCUGUAAAUUGGAGAAGAAAAGAAAAAUCAAAAAUAAAAAUAUAAUAAAAAAAAAAGCAAAGAAAAAUGAAAAUAUUUUGAAAAGAAAAAUAAAAAAAAAUAAUGAAAAAAUAAAACAGAUAAAAAAAAAAAAAAAAAGGAAAAUAGAUUCUUUAUAUAAAAUAUACCAAAAGGAAUAUGCAUUAAAUAUAAAAAUAAAUCAUAACAAGGUACCUUUAAUUCAUAAUAAUAUAUAUAAAGAAAAAUAUACUUCUACGUUUUCUGAACAUUUUUAUAAUAAUAUAAAUGAAGAAAAUAAUUUUGUUCCAUUAUGUGAAAGAUAUAUGGAAAAUAAUAUUAAUAGAUUAUUAGAUAAGGAAAGAAUAAAAAAAAAUCCCUUUUAUUAUGAUUCUUCUAAUUAUAAUUUUAUUAGCAAUAAUAAUUUAAUAUUACCAAAAGUGAAAAUAAAUCAUAAGAACAGUAAAAGUAAAAAUAAAAAUGAAGAAAAACUAAAUAAAGGAUGGUACAAAUAUGUUUUUAAUUGUACUAAAGAUGUGUUUUCAGAGAUUGUUGAAUCUCAAAAUGAUAUAAAAAAUUUGAUGAAGAAAGAUAUUAAACUUAAUAAAGGUGUAGAUUAUCGCAAUUAUGUACACCAUAAAAUAACAGAACCAAUUUACUUAUAUGAGUUAAGUGAAAACGAAUUCAGUCAAUUUUAUCAAAAUGAUAGUUCUUAUAUAACCUAUAAAAUAUUAAAUAAAGCGGCACAUUUUUAUGAUAACAACGAUACUAAAAUAUCUAAUAAUCGAAUUCAAAAUUUAAAUAGUGGUUAUAAUACGAACUAUGUAAAUACAAAUAAUAGUAUAUAUAAUGAAUAUAUUUAUAGUAAUAAUAGUUAUAAUAACGCUUUUUGUAAUAUUAGUCAUAGUUCAUUUAAUUACUUAAAUAAUUCUUGCUUCAUUAGAAAACCUAAUAUGCUUAAAAGAAAAUUUCCCAAAUGUAAAUUUUUAAGUCGUUUGUGUAAAAAUGAAAAAACAAAUGAAAAAAAUGAUUGUUUGUCUAAAGAAGCUAAUCCUAAUGAUACAUUGUUAGAUAAAAAAAAAAAAAAUGAAAAAAAUGAGGAUCAUAAAGAUAAUGAUAAAAGUUGUGAAAUAAAAGAGACAAAGAAAAGCAAGCAGUUAAAAGAAGAAACAACAGAAAUAGAAUAUAUUACCAGUGCGUUGAAAAAACAUAAAAAAAAUGAAGAUUGUGAAUAUUUUAAUUUUAAAGAUUUUAAUGAAGAAACUAAUGAAUAUUCAUAUAAUAGUUUUUAUAGUGAUAAAUCAGUUAGUUCAAAUAAUUCUUCAGAUUCUUCAAGUGAGAAUAAUUCAUUGAAUGGUUCUAGUUAUGAAGAAAAUUUGAAAAAAAAAAUUAACAAAGUAAAAGAACAAGUUGAAUUAAUAAAAGAAGAUUAUCUAAAGAAAAACACAAUGACAGCCUUAUUAAACACAAAAAAUAUACAAGCAAACAAUAGAGCUGUAUUAGCUUCAAAAAAUAAUAGAUUAACUAAAACGUCAGUAGAUGUUAGUAGAAUUCUAUUAACACAUGCUUUAACUACUAGAGAUAUAUAUACUUUACAUAAUACAUUAACAAAUAAUAAAGGAAAUACAGAAUUUAGGAGAAUAUGUCUAAAAUGGAAAGCAAAAAAAAUUAAACCAGGAAAUAGGUUAAGAAAAAAAAAAGGAAAUGACAAAAGUAAUGACGAUGAAAAAAAAAAAAAGAAGAAAAAAAAAAGGAAUAUUAAAAUAGAUAAUAAAAAUAAGGAAAAAAAAUAUUCAAAAAAUAAAAAAGAAAAUAAAGAUGAUAAUAUGGAUGAUUAUAAAAAAAAAAAGAGUAAUAAAAAGAGAAAAUUUAAAUUUAAAUAUGGCAAUAAAAAAAAUGACAAAUUCAUUUCCAUUGUAAAACCCUCUAUUUCUCAUUCUUUAGAAUGUUUUGGUUUAGAAGAAUUUAUUAAAUUGACAAAAGAGAAUUUAUUUGUUAAAAAAUCAGAUAAUAAACAACAUGAAAAUAAAAAGAUAUCAUCAAAAUCAAAAGAUAGGAAAAAUAUUGAGGAAAAAAAAAAAGUUGAUAAAUAUAAAGAUAUAAAUAAAAAUAUAAUAAAAUUUAAAAAGGAAGAGAAAUCUGAGAAAGAAAAUAAAACUGAACAAAUUGAAAAUAAAGAAAAUAAGGAAAUUGAAACUAAAAAAAUUGAAAAUAAAGAAAAUGAAAAUAAGGAAAUUGAAACUAAAAAAAUUGAAAAGAAAGAAAAUGAAAAUAAGGAAAUUGAAACUAAAAAUAUUGAAAAUAAAGAAAAUGAAAAUAAAGAAAACGAAAAUAAAGAAAAUGAAAAUAAUGAAAAUGAAAAUAAAGAAAAUGAAAAGAAAGAAAAAGUAAAUAAAGAAAACAUAAAUAAAGAAAAUGAAAAUAAUGAAAAUGAAAAUAAAGAAAAUACAAAUAAGGAAAAUGAAAAUAAAGAAAACGAAAAUAAAGGGGAAAACACAGAAAAAAUAAAACUAGAUGAAAAAGAAAAGGACUCAAAAAAAAAACAUGAAGACGAAUUUGAUAAAAAAGAUAAAGAACUUGUUGGAAAGAAAAAAUUAGACGAAAUCAUAAAGGAAAAUACACACAAAAAAGAUAGAAAUAAAAUAAAUAAAAAGAACAAUAAUGAAGUAGAUAUAACAGAAGAGGAAGAAUGUAAAGAUAAAAUAAAUAAAAGCAAUAAAAAUGAAACUAGCAUAAAAUGUAAAUAUGAAGGAGAUAAAAUAAAUGAGAAAAAUAAAAGUGAAAUAAAUGUUAAAAAAAAAGAUGAAAAAGAUAAAAAUAGUGAUGAUUCUCAAAUAAAAUUUAAAAAAGAAAAAAAAGGAGUUUUUUAUGGAUCUUAUAAAAAAAAUUUAAAAAAAAGGAGAUAUGAUUCUAAUGUAUUAUUGGAGGAAAAUAUUAUGGAAUUUCAAAUGAAGAGAAAUAAAAAUGAAGAUAGUGAUUUUAGACCAAAAAAAAAUAAAAAUGAUUUUAGAACAGAUAAAAAUAUAAAAUCAUUAUCUACAGUUAAAAAAGAAUUUCAUAGAAAAAAUAGUGAAAGUAGUAGUAGCGAAGAUUACAAAAAAAAAAAAGACAGAAAGAAAAUAGAUGAAGAAAAAAAUAAAGAUAAAAAGAAAGAUCAUGGGAAAUGUAAUAAAAAAAAAAAAAAAAAAGAUCCAAAUAAAAAUGAAAUAGGAAAAGGAGAAAAGAAGAAAAAAAAUCUUAAAAAAAUAAAGAGUGAAAAUUAUGAAAACAAAAAAGUGAAAAAAGGAAAGGAAGAAGAAAAAAACAGAAAAAAGAAAAAAGAGAAGAAAGUUUUCAUUCAUUUAGAAAGUCCAUUAUCAAUUUUAAUAUGUGGUGGAUUAAUAAGUUCAAAAAAGUUGAUAGAAGCUCAGGCAAUUUUAAAAGAAAACAAUAAGAGAUUGCAAGAAGCUAAGAAUAACUCUCUAAUUAAUACAACGAGUUUAAAAAGUUCAGAUAAGUCCACUGAUAAAUUAGAAAAGGAAAAAAUUAGUAGUACGAAAAAAGAAAAUGGAGCAUUUUUUUCUAAUUCGUUAGCUAUAGAGGUUGACUUAAGUGGAUGUUUUUUCUUUCACUCAUCAUUUACUUGUCCAAUUAGUAGAGAUAAAUCAUCGAAAGAUAAUCCUCCAUAUUUACUUACAUGUGGUCAUGCUAUUUGCAAGAAUUGUGUAGAUAAAAUUCAUGCACAAAGAUCGAGACAAUUCAAAUGUCCAAUGUGUCCUCAAUAUUUACACUUAUUAGAGAUUAUUCCUUUAUACUUUAGUUAA